AUGUCAACCAAUAAUGAGAUUAACCAGCAAGAUGUAGUCAAGUUGAUCAUCCAGUUCUUUCGAGAAAAUAACUUGACUGAUUCAUUAAAGACUCUCGAAAAGGAAUCACGUCAGACAUUAAAUACCAUGGAUAAUAAGGCUCAGUUCAUACAAGAUGUAUUGGAUGGACGAUGGGAUAUUGUUUUAAAGAAUGUGUCUAAACUAUCUCUUGGAAAGGAAAGGUUAUUUGAUAUCUAUGAGCAGAUGAUGUUUGAGUUGAUAGAAAGAAAUGAAAUAAGCACUGCUCGAGUCAUAUUGAGAACAUCCAACGUGUUGAGAAUGAUGCUGGAAGAAUUUCCUGAAAGAUAUCAAGCUAUUGAAAACUAUUUUGAGGAGCGACCAACAAGUGGUUACAAGUAUGCGACUGAACAAAAGAGAAAAACCAUUGCAGAUAAGCUCGACCAAGAGAUUGCCAGUUUACCUAGUAGCCGACUGCUGACCUUACUAGGACAAAGUUUAAAGUGGCAACAGCAGCAAGGUGUUCUCUCGCCCGGUGUAUCCUAUAAUCUGUUUAAAGGAACAGCCGAUAUGCAAAAGGCAGAGCAGGACUUAUUUGCCAACCAGCACUAUGUAUCUAUCAAAUUUCCUGGCAAAAAGACAAAUGCUGAAUGCGCCGCCUUCUCACGAAACGGGCUCUACCUGGCCACUGGCUCAUCCGAUGGGUUUAUUGAAAUUUGGAAUUAUCUGACAGGCAAGCUGAGAAAGGACCUUCCGUACCAGGCCAACGAUCGUUUAAUGGCCAUGGAUAAAGCAGUUCUCUGUGUUCGAUUCAGCUCAGAUAAUCAAGUGUUGGCAUCUGGUUCGUUGGACGGGAAGAUAUGGAUUUGGAGAGUAAAGACAGGUCAGUGCGAGAAAAGGAUAGCGACUGGUCAUUCUGAAGCGAUCACGACACUUUGCUUUAACAAGGACAAUACACAACUACUGAGCGGUAGUCAAGAUCACGUGGUCCGGAUACAUGGAUUAAAAUCUGGAAAGGUGUUAAAGGAGUUUAGGGGACAUACAUCCUUUAUCAACUCUGUCUUGUUCUCGGCUGAUGGUGCUCUCGUCCUAAGUGCGAGCAGUGACGGUACAGUAAAGAUAUGGGAUGCUAAAACCACCUCAUGCCUACAUACCAUCGCUCCUCAUGCAAAGGUUGAAAAAGACGAACUGAAUCCAAUGGGUGGGCUGGGCAAUGCAUCAGUACAGGCCAUCAUUCCACUUCCCAAAAAUCCAAAUCUUUAUCUUGUCUGUAACAAGACAAACACACUCUUUGUCAUGUCAACAAAGGGUCAGAUCAUCAAGACAUUUAGCCAUAACAAGAAAGCAGGCUCUGAUUUUAUCACCGCAGCCGUAUCACCACAAGGAGACUAUAUCUAUGGUAUUUCAGAAGACUCGUUCAUGUAUUGCUUUCAGUUUACUACUGGUGCAUCAGCGGGACAAGUCAAGGUGGGUGAUGCUGAAGUGCUGGGUAUGGUUCAUCAUCCUUUGACAAAUGUUGUUGUUGCUUUUGAUAAUGCUGGUCAUGUCCUAUUGUAUAAAUCACCUUAA